GAGCGAGCCGUUCAUCGUUUAAGCAGUCCGCUGCCGCAGGCUGAGGCAGCGCUUCGCUUGUGCUCAGGGAGCAGACCGUGUGUGUGAGAGAGUAAGAGGGACCCUGACUGAGGGUAGCGCGCUGCCCAGUGUGACCCCCAGGCUGGACUGGACCUGGACACAGAGAGACGCCAGACGAGACGGACACACUCGCGGUGGUGUCCGUGUUGUCGACGCAACCGGCAACGCAGCAAGUGUGUUGAGCCCAGGAGCUGAGGAGGAGGUCGCCUUGUUUUCGGCGUUCCGGCGCUGAAGCGCAGCACGUCGUUGUAGUACGAGACGACGCUGCACGGAGAAAGGCCGGCGAGGACCAUGUCGGGUGAUGCUGUGCUCUAGCGAGACGAUGAUGCUGAUGCUGUUGCCGUGGGAGACUGAAGGCCGCUCGCGUCGCCAGGGCUUCGCUGAUGAAAUUGGCCCGAUGGUGGGGCUAAUUGGAUUGGAUGAGCCUGUCGUUUCCUGCUGGCCUGGGCGUCUGCAAUGAGGCGUCCAAUUCUGGGCAGCGGGUACUACUGUGCUCGCAGAGCUGGAGUCACGACCCAAAGGUGACUGGUUACAGCGGUUGACGCCUCGGUCCCGAUAUCGAUAAGAUCAGGCUCAUCUCAGCUCAGGUUUGGGGUUCUGCCAUGAGCAGCCGAAGCCAGAGCGGCAGCCGCGUGGAGAGAGCGGGAGGUCGGCAUGCGGCGCCCACGCGCACUCCCAGCGCUCCCAUGCUGCAGGUGCAGCGCUCACGCUCGCGGGAGACCAUCACCAUCCACUUCUCAGCCCUCGGCGUGGAGGACGAGCUGGAGGAACAGGAGCUGUACGGGCCGACCUCGCCGCCCGACUCCCCCCUGCCGCGCCUGGAAUGCGAGGGCUACAAGGUGGCAAUGGCCGUCGAGGCGAGUGAGGAGCUUCUGUCUGAGGAGGACGCUGCUGUUUCCAGAGCCCUGCCUUCUGGUGCGGUGAUGCCUCCAACGUCCAACUUGUCCUGGCAGUCAGGACAGAAGAGCACUGGCACUGCACCCACUUUAGUCGGCUCAUCCCCCCCAAAGCCUGUGGCCCCUACCCCCAAACCCUUCCUGAGCCUGGUAAAGUCCCUCUCUGUGGAGGCAGAGGGCCGCGAGGUGCCGGCGCCACCCUCUCCCAAGCUCCACUGCCACCUGGUGAAGUCUCUGGUGAAGUCCCUGUCCACGGACGCGUCCCGUCCCGAAGCGGAGCCCGCGGCCCAUCGGCCCCCCGACAGCCGCCUCAGCCUUCACCUGUUCAAACCCUUUGGGCCGUCCGAGCCCGUGAUUGCAGGAGAUUCAAAGACCGCACCCUCAUCGCCGCUGUCCUCACCAGACGAGCGACCUUUCUUCAAGGUGCCGGAGGUGGAAGCGCGCAUCGAGGACACUCGCCGGCGCCUGUCGGAGGCCAUGUCUGAGCCCUUGCAGCUGCUUAGCAAGAUCAUGGGUGACGAGAGCAGUGGGAGCAGCGGUGCCGCACCCUGCAGGCCAAAAGCGCUUUCCUCCAGCACGUCGGAUCUCACCAGUCUGGACAGUAUGAACGGCCACUUGGAGAGCAUCAGCAAUAGCAACAGCAUCCAGGAGGAGGAGACGAGCUGGGCCGGAGAGGCCCGCACACUGGUGCUGGACCGCUGCUCCAUGUCAGCGCUGGUCCGGCAGCAGGACGAGGAGUUCUACGAGCUCUACAGCGAGCGCCGAGGGUUGGUCUCCUGCACGGAGCUGCUCAAGGAAAAAGCUCAGGAUGUGGACAGUGGGAGCCGUGAACCUGGUCAUGGUGAGCAGGAAGAUGAGGAGGAAGAGGAUGAGGAGGAGGAGGAGGAGGAGGCAGAACAAGAAGUGGGGAGAGGUGAAAUGGUGCCUGGCAUCCCCCACAAGUCCCUGCUCGCUUUGGCUGCUCUCGUCUACAGCUACCUGGUCCUGCCCUUGCCUGCUUACCUCGGGGGCGUGUUGUUGGGCGUGGCUGCUGGCUUCCUGCUGGCCACAUUUAUGUUGUGGCUCGCAGCACCCAGGCGCCCCCGCUGCUGCAGGUUCAGGGCUGAGUUGUGGAGUGUCUCCCAUCUGGCUGUCCAGGAACCUGGCAUCUUCAAGGGCUGGAUGAACGAGAUCUACAGCUAUGACCCGGAGAUGUACCACGCCACCCUGACCCACUCCGUCUUUGUGCGUCUGGAGGGGUCCGUGCUGCGCCUCUCCAAGCCCAGCCGCAGCAUCGCCCGGAGAGCCACCUUCAACGAGCCCAAACCUGAGGUUACUUUUGUCAGCCAGAAGAUUUAUGACUUGACUGAUAGCAAGGUGUACCUGAUGCCGCAGAACCUGGCCCGGAAGCGGCUGUGGAACAAGAAGUACCCUAUCUGUGUGGAGCUGGCCAAGCAGGAGCAUUUCAUGUCCACGGCCCAAGCCGAUCAGAGCGAGGCUGGAGGUGUCGGGGUGAAGGAUGCAUGUGGGGGCGAGGAGGCACUGGGUCCAUCAUUUGGAUCCCAGGAACCUGGCUGUGCACUGGAUGCCAAGGAUCACAAGACCCUGUACCUCUUUGGGAGGACGGGCAGGGAGAAGGAAGAGUGGUUUCGGAGGAUGUCUGUGGCAUCCCGUUUCAAAGCAGAGUCCAAGAAGCUUUCAGGCCUUCCAGCAUCCUUUCUACCUGCCCAAAGCUGCACUAACAGCCAGUCGGGAGGUCUGACACACAGCCGGAGCAGUAGCAGAGGCAGCUUGGAUGAGAUCCUGGCUUCUCAGCCCCGUCAAAAGGAGCUCGCAGGUGGUUUGCGGCAAAAGGCACUACUUGACUACACGACCUACAUGGCCCAAUAUGUUCGUACCCAGCAAGAGAGUUCCAGCCAGAGUCCCACCCAGAGCCCCGAGGGUAGCCCUGGAGUCAGUAGGAAGCUCCCAAGAAGUCCAGAGGAAGAGGUAGAACCAGAGGCCUGGGUCAACGCCUUGUUGGGUCGCAUCUUCUGGGACUUCCUGGGUGAGAAAUACUGGGCUGACAUGGUGUCAAAGAAGAUCCAGAUGAAGCUCAGUAAAAUCAGGCUGCCAUAUUUCAUGAAUGAGCUGACCCUGACAGAGUUGGACAUGGGCGUCGCCAUUCCAAAGAUCUUACAGGCAUCGAAGCUCACUGUGGACCAUCAAGGGCUGUGGUUUGAUCUGGAGAUCUCCUACAACGGCUCCUUCCUGAUGACCCUAGAGACCAAGAUGAACCUGGCCCGACUGGGGAAGGAAGGGGAGGGGCUGAGACUGGGCGAGCCCGGCAAAGAUGGGUCCAGGCCAAGAACGUACUGCCUUGCUGACAGCGAUGAGGAGUCCUCGAGCGCAGGGUCGUCUGAUGAGGAGGAUCCAGCGGAGAUCCUUGCCGACAAGAACCUGCAGCCUGGGGCCGAAGGGUACGUUGGAGGACACCGGCCAAGCAAAAUAAUGCGUUUCGUGGACAAGAUUGCCAAGUCCAAGUACUUCCAGAAGGCCACGGAAACAGAGUUUAUCAAGAAGAAGAUGGAGGAGGUGUCCAAUACUCCCCUGCUGUUGACUGUUGAGGUUCAGGAGCUCCGAGGAACGUUGGCUGUUAACAUCCCCCCACCCCCCACUGACAGGAUAUGGUACGGUUUUCGGAGUCCACCCCACCUGUCCCUGAAAGCACGUCCCAAACUGGGGGAGAGGGAGGUCACUCUAGUUCACGUCACGGACUGGAUCGAGAAGAAGUUAGACCAGGAGUUUCAGAAAAUAUUUGUGAUGCCAAAUAUGGAUGACAUUUGGCUUCCCAUCAUGCAUUCUGCCAUGGACACACGUUCUGAUGUCAGCUUGCUCAGCAUGACACUGGAGGCCGCUAAAGAGUCAGAUUCUAUGGAGGUCGAGGUACCAACAUCGUGUGACGAUUAGCUGUUCUCCAGCAACACGUGACGGACAGGUCGUACCCUGGGAAACGUCAAGAUAGGACGUCUCCCUGAACCACUUGGGCCACAUUUGCAGGAGGCUGAAAGAGGUGUCACCAGAAUAGCUUAGCGCUCUGCACUGUUACCUUGCUUACAGCGUUAAAAAGCAUCAGUGUGUGGAUAUAGAUGUAUGUGGCUGUGAAGGCCAAACAACGCUACAAAGAAUCGAAGUGGAGGUGAGGCGGUUAAGAAAACGCAUCGGCCACGCAUCUCAUUAUGCGAUUCACCUGUCGCCUAACAGCGCUGGACGGUAACAGGUCACUCUGCACACAAGGCUCCUCGGGCUCUUUCUGCCCUCUCAGAAAGACAGCAUUGCUAUUUCGAUGCGUAUGCCAUUAGUGGAGGAGACGACCAAGGCUUGACUCGCGUACCCCCGGUACAACCAGCUGCAUUGUACCGAAAUGCAACAAAAAUAAGUUCACACAAAUGUACCUUCAUCCUACCAAUGAAGCUGCAAGAGUAGAUACUAUAUUUACUUUUUUGCAUGUCCUUAAAAUUCUGAAAUAGUUUAAAAGCAUUAUUUGCCAUAAUUAAAGGUGGGUUUUGUGCCAUUCCUAAAAACAGUUUACAUUUGCUUAGGUAUGUGAGGGCCCCUGGGUGACCGACACAGACUUUAGCAUAAAAAUUUGUAUAGGAAUCAGGAAUAUGGUCGCUGUGAAAUUGCCCUGACCCCAGUUACCGUAGGGCCACCUGAGCCGUCUCGCUAGGCAGAUGUGAUGAAAGUGACUGUGUCUAUCAGCUGAACCAGCCAAAACCCCACACACCUGAACUACACACCAGUGAGGCCAUCAGCUUUUAUAUGUGUACCUACCCCUAACCCUGUACAAAUAUAGGUUGUGUGACUUGAAGUAUAACAAUGCUUUGUAAUAUUUAAGUAAAGAUGCACUACAUUACUCUGCAGAAAGAUGAAUGUAAAAAUUAUUCCAAAGCCAAUUUGACUUUUU